AUGAACCGGUACCUGACAGCUGUUGUGCCUCUGGCGGCGCUCGCCGUUCUUGGCGAGGCCUCGACUCCUGCGGGCCAUGUUCAUGCUGUGCAACCUGUGUUCUCGCAUCUGCAACGCCGUGGGCCAUCUGCAUUCGCACCUGAUUGGAAACCAGACGUCGAGAACUGGGGUCCACUGCCGGACGUGAUCGACGCAGCCUCAUCACUGCAGGGUAGCACCGACCCAGCAACAAGGACGCCUGUAACGUCGGACGCACUUCAGAAUGAUAUCACGUCCCAAGCCCUGCUUGACCACGCUGAGGACCUGCAAGCUAUAGCCUACCAGACUACCGGCCGAAACCGCGUGUUCGGCAGUCCAGGUCACAAUUUCACUGCUUUGUACCUCUACCAGCUUAUUUCAGAGCUCGAGGAUUACUACGAUGUCGAGUACCAGCCCUUUAUUGAGACUUAUUCAGGCGGAAGCGCCUCCUUGUUGGUCAAUGGACAGUCACAGAACGCCAGCCUGAUGACUUAUGCCCCCAACGGUCAAGUAGAAGCUGCGUUUGUCGCUGUUUCAAAUCUUGGUUGUAAUGCUACCGAUUUCCCAAGCGAAGUUGCCGGGGCUAUCGCUCUGAUUUCCCGCGGGACAUGUGACUUUGGUCUGAAGGCUGCAUUGGCAGGAGCCGCGGGUGCUGCUGGAGCAGUGAUUUACAACAACGUCGCCGGCACGCUGAGCGGCACCCUUGGCGCACCCAGCCGUCCUGAGGGGCCAUAUCCUCCAACAGCUGCUAUUUCCCAAGCCGCUGGCCAGGCUCUUGUGGCGCUUCUCGCUGAAGGCGAAGUCAUCGGCGACCUCAAUGUGAACUCCAUCAUCGAAGACCGUGUAACUAUGAAUGUCAUCGCCCAGACCAAGUCUGGUGACCCCAACAAUGUUAUAUUCGUCGGUGCACACGCAGACUCCGUUGAAGCUGGCCCAGGAAUUAACGACGAUGGAUCGGGAACCGUUGGUAUCCUUGAAGUCGCUCUGCAACUGGCCAAGUACGAAGUCACCAAUGCAGUGCGCUUCGCGUGGUGGUCCGCCGAGGAGUUCGGCCUGCUGGGUUCUGAGUACUAUGUCAACCAGUCAACGCCCGAGGACCUGGACAAGAUCCGACUAUAUCUCAACUUUGACAUGAUUGCCUCGCCAAACUACAAGCUUUCCAUCUACGACGGCGACGGGUCCGCCUUCAACCUCAGCGGCCCGUCCGGCUCAGCUGAGGCAGAGGCCCUGUUCGAGAACUAUUUCGAGAGCAAGGGUCUUCCCUCCCAACCGACUGAAUUCAAUGGCCGUUCUGACUACGGGCCGUUCCUGGCGGUCGGCGUCGCGGCUGGCGGUUUGUUCACUGGUGCGGAGCAGAUCAAAACAGAGGCGGAGGCUGAGCUGUACGGCGGCACGGCCGGCGUUGCCUUCGACGAGAACUACCACAAGGUUGGAGACACUGUGGAUAAUCUUAACUUGGAGGCGUUCCUGAUCAACAGUCGUGCGAUUGCCCACUCAGUUGCGACCUACGCCACCUCUUUCGAUUCUCUACCGCCGCGUACAGCUAGGGUCGUCCGUCGUGAUGCUUACAGCGCCAAGGCUAAGCCAUCAGGAUGCCACCACGAACAUGAAGAGCCGGCGACUUUGUAG